AGCCCUAAGGAGCAUAGGGCUGCGUACGACGCUGGUAUGCGUAUGUACGAUACACGUACCGCGCCGUAUGGGACCGUCUCGCUGAUACGUACCACGUGACCAGGCCGGCCCGCGGGGGCCCCGGCUUCAGUUCUCCAACAGUCAACGCAUGGUCAAUGCCCCUAUAGGACGGACUGGUCCUUGGGUAUUAUGACCUGUAGCUGUCAUAGCUGGCGGCUCUGUUUUUCCCCUUGUUUUUCUUCCGCCGCAAACGAGAGACUCGUGCUGUAGCGGCUACUGCUUGCUAACUGCGCGUUAUGCUUCUUGAAACAUCCUGAAGCUUGAUUCAACGCCCACAACCCCUUUCUAAACGCUAAUCCUCGUCUUUAAGCUCUGACUGUAGCUGUGAAUGCCAACCAACCCUCCCACUCCGCUGCAUAUGUUGUCUGGGGCCGACCUGAUUGGAUUUGUGUUUCCACUUGACCUUUCUUGAAGGGCCACAAUGGCCCUGCAGGAGGACACGCUUCCUCCUGGCUGGGAGGACCUGGACAGGCAGAUGGGCCAGCUUUUUAUGAUGGGGUUUGACGGGACCUCUGUCACCCCUCAGGUCCGCUCCCUAAUCGAGGAUUACCACAUUGGUUCGAUUCUGCUGUCUGCCAAAAAUCUGAAAUGUACCCACCCAUGCCCUUUUUUGGUUUUCUGUUUCUUUUUUCUUCUUUUAAUUAAUUAGUCAAUUCUUUAUAUUUGUUUAUUUUUUGUCCUUUCUUUCACAUUAUAUUACAUGCAUCUCCCCUCUCAUCAACGUCAGCAGUACUACUAUUCCAUGUACCACAACAUGCUAAUUCAAUACUACUACAGCCGCAGAGGGGGCAACCGAUCUGAUCCUCGAACUACAGUCAAUCGCUCGAGAUGCCGGCCAUCCUGUACCUUUACUGAUUGCUAUGGACCAAGAAAAUGGUGGCGUCAACAGUCUAUUCGAUGAGAUCUAUAUCCGCCAGUUUCCCAGUUCAAUGGGCAUUGCUGCCACCGGAUCAAAAUCACUGGCUCAUGAGAUCGCAGUGGCUACUGCACAGGAGCUCAAGGCCGUAGGCGUUAACUGGAUUCUCGGUCCCGUCCUGGAUGUCUUGACCAACAUACGAAAUCAACCACUGGGUGUCCGCACAUUUGGUGACGAUCCCCAAGAAGCAUCACAAUAUGGAGUGGCAUUCAUGAAGGGCUAUCAGGAGGCAGGCCUGGUAACUUGCGGCAAACAUUUCCCAUCAUAUGGCAAUCUCGAAUUUCUUUGGUCGCAGACAGAUGUUCCCGUCAUCACUGAGUCGCUGGACCAACUCAGUCUGAACGCUUUGGCCCCCUUUAGGAAUGCUAUCGUUCACAGUCUGGAUGCCGUUCUCAUAGGGGGUGUUGCUAUGUCAUCGUCCGGUGUCGACGUCAUGCACGCCUGUCUGAGUGAACAGGUAGUUGAUGACUUGCUCCGGAAAGAUCUGAAAUUUGAUGGCGUGGCGGUUUCUGAGUGCUUGGAGAUGGAAGCUUUAACACAUAAUAUCGGCGUUGGGGGCGGUGCGGUCAUGGCGAAGAAAGCAGGUUGUGAUAUUGUGCUCUCCUGCAGGUCAUUCCGCAUUCAGCAAGAAGCCAUCAACGGUCUGAAACUCGGAGUGGAGAACGGUAUCAUUGGAAGAGAAUGGAUCGAGCAGUCUCUGAAACGCGUUCUGCGGAUGAAGAAAAAAUGCACCUCUUGGGAGCAGGCCCUUAAUCCGCCGGGGCUUGCUUCACUGACUCGAAUGCAGCCUUCACAUACUAACCUCUCAACGAGAGCCUACAACAGUUCUAUCACUGUUGUGCGUGAUAAAAAUGGCUGGCUUCCGUUGUCCAAUAUUCUCGAGCCAGACGAAGAAUUGUUGCUUCUAACCCCCUUAGUUAAGCCUCUGGCUGCGUCUGCUGUGUCUCGUUCCGUGAUUGAACACUUAACUUUGGCGAAUGAUGUUACAUCCUGGGAUAGGACGGCCUCUUUGUUGAGUGCAGAGAGUGUCUUUAAGGAGUUUGGCAGGUCGCUUGCGCGGCAAAGAAGCGGCCGUGUACUACAUACUUCCUACACUUCGAACGGUGUUCGACCUGUUCACGAAAAUCUUAUAGACAGAGCUAGCGCAGUUAUUGUUAUCACUGCCGACGCAAAUAGGAAUCUAUAUCAGCACGGCUUCACGAAGCACGUUUCCAUGAUCUGUAAGUCGCAAUGGGCUCAAUCCGGUGGCAGACGCGGAAAACCUAUGAUUGUGGUCUCUGUCAGUUCACCUUACGACUUUGCGAUGGAGCCAUCGAUAGGCACAUACGUCUGCACUUACGAUUUUACCGAGACGGCUCUUCAGGCGCUGGUCAAGGUUCUCUAUGGAGAGCUAACCCCUACAGGUACACUACCGGGCUCCAUUAGCCGCAGUCAGAAACCCCAUCAGUCCAGACAGCACUGGCUUGUGGAGAGUUGGAAUGAGGAGAGGGAUUCCGAUGCUCUGGAUGCUUUGUUGGAAGCAGUCAGGCAGGACAGUGACUUUGGCCAGCUUUCCGAGCUUGUGGGCGUACGGUCACAGAAUUUCUUGCUCCGACGGGAAGAUAUUGACGAGGCACACUUUGUGGUACGGAACAGUAGCACACAGGCGCUAUAUGGGUUCUGUUCGACAUACUUCUUUCGAUCUACGAGUACUGCUGUCAUCGGAUCGUUGAUUGUCGACCCUUCGAGGCGGAAACUAUCCAUCGGUCACUCACUCCACAAUCGCGCCAUGCGCACACUUGUCCAGACAAAAGGUGUGAAGAGGUUUCAGCUUGGGACUCGUCUUCCCGGCAUAUAUUUGGGCAUCCCUGCAGCCAACCCUGUGGAGCGCAAGAGAUUGCGGCAGUGGUUUGCUAACAUGGGUUGGAACACGGCUCUUUCACGGCCAGUUUGCAGCGUCAUCCUGCGCGACCUGCCAAAGUGGACGCCGCCCGAGGGUCUUAGUAAUGGCUUAGGGAGCGCGGACGUGACGUAUGACCUUGUUUACGGAUGGGACUAUGCGGAGUCAAUCCUCGACCACGUCAAGACAAAUAUGCGACAAGGUGUGUUGGAUAUAUACAAGAUAGCAUUAAACGGAGCUCCAGAUUGUGCCAUCAUAAGAGCUAAGCGGCCGGAUGACGGAGCGCUUUUGGGCAGUGUGGUGAUCUAUAACAACCGAUCAGUACUGGCAGACUUCAUGCCGGCACUUGCUGCAGCAAAUACGCCUGCGGGAGGAAUCUCUUCUCCAGUCAUCUCACCAUUGGUGGGCGAGUACGCAACAUUGAUACAAGGCCUGAUUCUACUAGCUAUCAAACAGAUCCGUAGGCAGGGUGCGGGUGCUGUUGUUCUGGAUUGCGUAAGUGAUCUUUUCUUUCCCCCUCAGUUACACUGGACUGAGUGCAAGGCUCGUCUAACGAACUAAACAGAUCGAUGGCGAUGGGAGUUUUGAUUGCCUGUCGGGGAUGGGUUUCAGCAUGCUAGACAACUUCGAGGAAGUGAACUGUGAUGCAGCAACAUGGACGAUGAUGCCUCAAACAUAAUGAUAGAUCAAACUGUCCAAUGAGCGACUGAUUGGUUGUUGAUUUAUAGAUGCUUACUUUUCCCCUGGUGUUUCUUUUGGUUGUGUGUUAGUUGCAACAUACCCCCAAUGCUGUCUACAGAUUUACUGAACCCCUUUUCGAGCCACUUCUUCUCCUUCUGGUUCUUAGUUGAUUCUCAAUAAGUGAUAUCCGCAGUGUAUAUAUGCAACUGUAUUCGUUAUCCCAUUUCAUUUUUCAGGUUUCUACUUUCGGCACUCACCGUUGGAGCCUCUGUCUACAUCCAUCAUAGGAUCAAUAUUAUGGAUAGCAAAUCAAACCAUCUAUGUUUAACUUUUCCACCUUCUCGACACUUUGUUGA